AUGGCUCUAAACCGUUUCUUCUAUGCUGCAUCUUUUCUUCUCUUCACACUGGUGAUUAUUGCAUCUGCUAGCGAUGAAAAGAAAAUCGCUGCAGGAAAUAAAGAAAACCUCCUCUCCACAAUUAUAGGCAUCCAAGGGCUUGUUUAUUGCAAAUCCGGCCCCAAAUUCAUCCCACUUGAAGGAGCUGUGACAAGGAUAACAUGUCAAGCUGUUGAUGAGAAUGGGUUUGAGACAGCUCCUUUCUCCUUCUUGAGUGAUGCAUGUGAUGCAAAGGGUUACUUCUUUGCAACAUUGUCUGGUGCAGAGGUGGAAGAUAAUAGGAAGCUUACAGAGUGCAGGGCUUUCCUUGAGCUGUCUCCCUCAGAGACUUGUGUUGUUCCAACAGAUGUAAACAAAGGGAUUAGUGGUGCUCUCCUUGGCUCUUAUCGCCUCCUCAAUGACAAGAAGAUGAAAUUGUACACUGUGGGGCCUUUCUUUUUCACAUCAUAA